AUGGCUGCUAAUUUACAGCAUCAAACGUCAUUAAAAACUCCUGAAAUUGAUGAAGGUCUUUAUUCUAGACAACUUUAUGUUAUGGGUAAAGAAGCUAUGCAUCAAUUGGCUAGUGCUCAUGUUCUUAUAUCAGGCAUGCGUGGUCUUGGUGUUGAAAUAGCUAAAAAUAUUAUUCUUGGUGGUGUUAAAUCUGUCAUUAUUCAUGAUUGUGGUAAAGUUGAUUAUGCAGAUCUUUCAUCCCAAUAUUAUUUUUCGGAAGCCGAUAUUGGUCAAAAUCGUGCUGAAGUUGCCAAUAAAAAGUUAUCGGAAUUAAAUAGUUAUGUUAACGUAUCAUUUUCUUCUGCAGUUAUUGAUGAAACAUUUCUCCAAGAAAAUAAAGUCAAUGUUUUUGUUCUUACUGAUGCUAAAUUAAAAGAUGAAGUAACAAUAGGUAAUCAUUGUCAUAGUCAUGGAAUAAAAUAUAUUGUUGCCAAUACAAAAGGUUUAUUUGGACAAAUCUUUUGUGAUUUUGGUCAAAAUUUUGAAGUAAUUGAUACAAAUGGAGAAAAUCCUUUAACACAAAUAGUUACUGAAAUAAGUCAUGAUGAAGCAGGUGUCGUUUUUAUGUCAACAGAUACACGACAUGGUUUUGAAGAUGGUUCAUAUGUUACAUUUCAUGGUGUUAAAGGCAUGACUGAAGUCAAUGAAAAAGAAUUUAAAAUCGCUGUACCAAGUCCAUUUACAUUUACAAUUGGAGAUACAAGAAAUUUUGGUGCUUAUCAAGGUGGUGGAACAGUAACUGAAGUUAAAAAACCCGAAACUGUGCAGUUUAAAUCAUUUUCUGAAUCUUUAAAAGAUCCUGAAAUGUUAAUUUGUGAUUUUGCAAAAAUGUCCAUGCCUGCUAAUCUUCAUUUAGCAUUUCAAGUUUUAGCUCAAUUCGAAGAACAAUAUAAUGCAGUACCGAAACCAUGGGAUGAUUCUGAUGCUGAGAAAUUUUAUGAAUUAGUUGAAAAAUUAAAUAAAGAUAAUCGAGAACAACCAUUAACAGACGAAUUAAAUAAACAUUGGAUUAAAUUAUUUGCUAAAACAUGUACUGGUGAUUUAUGUCCAAUGCAAGCUGUUCUUGGUGGUAUUGCUGCUCAAGAAGCAAUGAAAGCAGUAACUGGAAAAUUUAUGCCAAUUAGACAAUUUUUUUAUUUUGAUGCAAUUGAAUGUUUACCUGAAAAUGUUUUUCAAUCAUCGAAUGAAUCAAUUCCAGUACCAAAAUUACCAACAAAAAAAAGUCGAUACUAUUCUCAAGAAAUUGUUUUUGGUGAAGAUUUUCAGGAAAAUUUGGGCAAAGCAAUUUAUUUCGUGGUUGGUUCCGGUGCAAUUGGUUGUGAAAUGUUAAAAAAUUUUGCUAUGAUGGGUAUUGGUUGUGGAAAUGGCGGUCAUAUCUAUGUAACAGAUAUGGAUUCAAUUGAAAAAUCCAAUUUAAAUCGACAAUUUCUUUUUCGUUCAUGGGAUAUUGGAAAAAUGAAAUCUAAAGUAGCAAGUGAAGCUGUUAAAGUAAUGAAUCCUAAUAUGCAUAUACGUGCAUAUGUUGAUGGAGUUUUACCUGAAACUGAACAUAUUUAUGAUGAUCAUUUUUUUGAAAGAUUAGAUGGUGUUGUUAAUGCACUUGAUAAUGUUAAAGCUCGUCAAUAUGUUGAUCGUCGCUGUGUCUACUAUCAAAAACCAUUAGUCGAUAGUGGUACAUUAGGUACUAAAGCAAGUGUUCAAGUUGUUGUUCCAUUUCUAACUGAAUCCUAUUCAUCAACUAAUGAUCCACCUGAUCCAUCAGUACCUAUGUGUACUUUACGUAAUUUUCCCAAUUUAAUUGAACAUACAAUUGAAUGGGCACGCGAUAAUUUUGCUGGUCAUUUUACAAUUCCUGCCCAACAAGCUGAAGAAUUUAUACGUCAACCAAAAGAAUUUGCCGAACGAACAGCUAAAAAUCAUUCAGAAUAUGAUAAAAAUGAAACAAUCGAUAAUGUUAAACGUAUUCUUGGUGCAGAUCGUCCAAAGAAUUUUUCUGAUUGCAUCAAAUGGUCACGUACUCUUUUCGAACAACAAUUUUUUAAUACAAUCGCCCAAUUACUUUAUAAUUUUCCACGUGAUCAUGUUACAAGUAAAGGUGAACGUUUCUGGAGUGGAAAUAAACGUUGUCCACAUGUAUUAAAAUUCGAUGUUAAAAAUACAACUCAUCUAGAUUUUAUUGUUGCUGCAUCGAAUUUACUUGCACACAUGUAUCAAAUUCCUCAAUCACGUGAUCGUCAAGCAAUUUCUGAAGAAGUUGCAAAGAUUUAUAUACCUGAAUUUCAACCUAAAGCAGGUGUAACCAUUCAUGAAAAUGAUGAACAAUUACGAGCUGAUAAUGAAAGACAAACGCAUAUGCGUAAAAAUGGUCAAGGUGUAACUGAAUCAGAAGCUGAACAACUUCUUGGACGUUUACCUAAACAAAAUGAUAUCGCUGGUAUUAAAGUUCAACCACAUGAAUUUGAAAAAGAUGAUGAUUCAAAUUUUCAUAUGGAUUAUAUUGCAGCAACAGCUAAUUUACGAGCUGAAAAUUAUGAAAUUCAAACAGCUGAUCGAAGUAAAAUAAAACGAAUUGCAGGAAAUAUUAUUCCAGCUAUUGCAACAACUACAGCUAUGGUUACAGGACUUGUUUGUCUUGAAGUUUAUAAAUUUAUUCAAAAACAUAAAAAUAUUGAAUCGUAUCGAAAUGCAUUUGUUAAUUUGGCUUUACCAUUUUUUGGAUUUUCUGAACCCGUACCACCAAAACGUCAAAAAUAUCUUGACAAAGAUUUUACUUUAUGGGAUCGAUUUGAAGUGAAAGGUGACAUGACAUUAGAAGAGCUUAUUGAACAUUUUAAGCAUGAACAUAAGUUAGCACCAAAUAUGAUUUCAGCAGGUAUGUCCGUUAUUUAUAGUCCACAUUUUAUGCGUCAAACAAGUAAAGUACAAGAUAUGAAACGAAAAAUUUCUGAAUUAUUCGAAACGGUGACGAAAACAAAGAUUCCAGCUCAUGUUCGUUCUCUUACACUAGAUAUGUUAUGUGAAGAUCUUGAAGGAAAUGAUGUUGAAGAUGUUCCUUAUAUCAAGUAUACAUUUAGAUGA